UCAAAUUUUAUGGAUAAUAGGAGAGCUAAUAAAUGAUUAAUUAAUUUUUUUUGUAGUGUCUUCUUCAGUGUGUUUAUCGAAAAAUGAAAGCAGUAAACGAAUUUGGAUUUCCCAGGCCAGAUGGACUUGUUACGUUAUACACAGAAGGUGUUACAGAUCCUGAAUACAUAAAAGGGACAUUUCGAGCGGUGAAUAGCUGCCUAGCAAACGCAAAAAAGACAUAUGCAACUACUUUGGAAAGUGUUAAAGACGAUGGAACAACCUGCGAUGUCGCGUUCUACACCUUCGAUUGCAUUUCUGAUUUAAUAGACGAAUAUUGCAAGCAAAAUCCGUAGCAGCUUAAUCUGUCUUUUUUAUUAUUAGCUAUUACAUUUUAGUACAAGUUUUAAUUCUACACACUUACGUACCUUUGUAAUUAUGUAUUGUAAAUAAUAAUAAAAAAUUGUUAUUAAAA